AUGGGAGGUUGUUUACCAUAUCCAGCUGUUCCAGUUGCUGAUGAGAACGAGGCUCUCAACAGGCGGACCCUCUCGGCUCUGGCCAAGUGCAAGUCCAUGCCCGGUGACCUCCUGUGGCCUGGCAAGCUCGUGUGGAAGGUCUUUGACCUGCUGACUGGCGGCGCUCUCAUCAAGACGGUUCCCUUUGGUGCUACCAACUCGGACACUCACGAUGAGGAUCCUACCGCCAACAUGUAUCCUCUCUACGAGGGCAACGCCUGUCUCCCCCAGGAUGCCGGAAAGGAGGGGGCCAAGUGCCAGCUCGGCGGUCUCUCCAUUUACUCUGUCAAGGCCACCAGCGUCUCCCAGAUCCAGCUCGCCGUCAACUUUGCGCGCAGCCUGAACCUUCGCCUGGUCAUCCGCAACACUGGCCACGACUUCCUCGGCAAGUCAACCGGCGCUGGAUCCCUUAACAUCUGGACUCACCACCUCAAGAAUAUUGAGCUUCUCAAGGACUACAAGUCCGCCGGCCCCUACUCUGGCCCUGCCCUCAAGAUCGGCGCCGGUGUCCAGGUGUUUGAACUGUACGAGGCGGCCAACAAGUAUGGGUACACUGCUGUAGGUGGCGAGUGCAGGACUGUCGGUGUUGCUGGCGGCUUCACUGCCAUGGGUGGUCACUCUCCCAUGUCCCCUAUCGCCGGUCUUGGAUCCGACCAGGUCCUCAGCGUUGAUAUUGUCACCCCUGACGGUCGCUUCAUCACCGCGAACGAGAAGCAGAACGCCGAGAUCUUCUGGGCCGUCCGUGGCGGUGGUGGUGCCACCUUUGGCAUCGUCACUUCGCUGACUGUCCGCGUCUGGCCGAAGAUGACCUUCUCCGGUGUCACUUGGAGCCUCUCCAGCGAAGAGGCUGGCAUUAGCAAGGAUCUCUUCUGGGAGGCCAUGCGCAUCUACUGGGCCAAGUUCCCCGAGUACAACGACAACCACACCUACGGCUAUUCGACCCUCUUCUCUGCUGGCCCCGGAAAGUACCUGUGGAGCAUGAAGCCCUGGCUCGUCCCCAGCAUGGAGCUGCCCGAGUUCAAGGCCAUGGUGAGCCCCCUUUUCAAGGAGUGGAAGGAGAUUGGCUUCGAGAUUGAGCCCGAGUGGUUUACCCACGACAACUUUUACGACACGUGGAAGAAUCACUUCCCUACUGAGUCUGUCGGCGCCUCCACCGUCCGAACUGCCUCUCGUCUUAUCCCCCGCAAGAACUUUGAGGAUGUCGAACUUCUCAACAAGACCAUGGACACGGUUCAGUCCAUUGUCGAGGACGGUUCCGUGCUCAUCCAGUACAACAUCAACGGCGCAGCUCCCAAGAACGUCGCCUCGAGCGCCCUCAAUCCCGCAUGGCGAGACGCGUCCAUGUUCGCCAUUGUCGGCGCCGGCUGGUCGCCUGAUAGCAGCCCGGCCGAAAUCCUCGCCACCAACAAGAAGAUCACCAACGACUGGAUGGAGCGCCUCCGCGAGGUGACUCCUGGAUCCGGCGGCUACGGUAACGAGGGCGACGUGAUGGAGCCCAACUUUGGCCAGGCUUUCUACGGUAGCGAAAACUACAAGAGGCUAUACGCUCUCAAGAAGAAGCUGGGCCCCUGGGGUGUCUUUUACGCUCCCACUGCUGUUGGUAGCGAAGACUGGGAGAUUGUCAAGGUCCCUGGUCUGCUGGAUGGUCUGCUGUACGGUGAUCUCCUCGAGACGCUGAGCAGCUGGUUGACUCUCCAGACUGGCCGUCUCUGCCGCAAGUAG